CCGCCCGGACCCAGAGGCCGAAUUGAGGCUAAUGGCGGCGUGCGCGGAACUGGCCGGAGAGGGCGAUGAGGAGGCCAGGAAAGAGGAGGAACCGCGAGUUCUGGAACCUGGGGCUGCCCCGUUUGGAAAUUUUCCUCAUUAUUCCCGUUUCCACCCUCCGGAACAACGACUCCGCCUCCUGCCCCCGGAGCUCCUUCGACGGCUCUUUCCUCCCAAGGGCCCUGAGACAAGGCCGAUCUUGGGGCUCGACGUGGGGUGUAACUCCGGGGAUCUGAGUGUGGCUCUAUACAAACACUUCCUUUCCCUACAUGAUGGGGAGAGCUCAGAUGCCUCCAAAGAACUCCAUUUCCUUUGCUGUGACAUUGAUCCAGUCCUGGUGGAACGAGCGAAAAAAGAAUGUCCUUUUCCUGAUGCCUUGACCUUUAUCACUUUGGACUUCAUGAAUCAAAGGACCCGGAAGAUUCUCUUGAGCUCUUUCUUAAACCAAUUUGAAUGUUCAGUUUUUGACAUUGGCUUCUGCAUGUCGAUAACUAUGUGGAUUCAUCUGAAUCAUGGGGACCAAGGCCUGUGGGAAUUCUUAGCCCAUCUUUCCUCUCUCUGCCACUACCUCCUUGUGGAGCCUCAGCCUUGGAAAUGUUACCGGGCAGCUGCAAGGCGUCUCCGAAAGCUGGGACUCCAUGAUUUUGACCACUUCCGCUCACUCACCAUCCGAGGUGACAUGUCCAAUCAAAUUGUACAGAUCUUGACCCAGGACCACGGCAUGGAAUUAGUGUGCUGCUUUGGCAAUACUAGUUGGGACCGAAGCCUUCUGCUCUUCAGGGCAAAACAUACCAUGGAGACUUAUCCAAUCCCUGAAUCACUGAUAGAAGAAGAAAAAAAGAAACAGAUUAAGAUUCUGGAGGCAAUGAGAUGACAGGGCAGGAAAACCAGGAAAGAGAAAUUAAAAUGGUUUUACACUGAGAAUUACUUUCACUAUCUUGCAACAGUCAGACAGCUUCAAAACAUUACAGAAGCUUUUGACAAAAAAUAUCCACGGCAUGCAACAGAAAGAAUCUAUACUUUGUCCCAUUGUUUGAGUCAACCCCUGAGGAGGAUGAAUUGUUUUGUGGUGCUGGGGAUUAGAACCCACGACCUUGUGCAAGCUAAACAAAUGCUUUACUGUUAAGCCACAUCUCCAGCCUUUCAGAGUUAUUUAUUUUUGUUUUUGUUUUUUGAGACGAGGUC